CUUCAUGAACUCGAAUUCUUUCAUAUUUUUAUAUUGAGAAAAAAAAAUGCAUUAUUUUGUGGGCAUUUGAUUCGCCAUUUCCCGCAGUCAUAAACCUUGGUUUAGGAUAGAAUAUAGCGAAAAUUUAGUGUUUGGAAAAAAAAAAAAAAAACAGAAUCCAUGGCUAUUUCCUCAGAUCCAAAUAAACCUCUCCUUUCCAUUCAUAAACUCUCUUUUAAUCCACUUCACUUCCCUAGUCAAAUCCAAAUUCUAAAUCCAACCCAUUGAUUAUCUCUUCAAAUAGUCAAAACCCAAAUUUCCUUGCACAAAAUUUGAUCCGAAUUUGUACCUUUUUUUUUUUGAAAGCAGCAUGGAAUCCGAACUCAAGGACUUGAAUUCGAAACCGGCGAAGAUUCAACAACCCGAUCCGACCCAUGACGAUACUUCCUCCAAAGACGACCGCCCCUUACUCAAACCCGACUCCUCAUCCACCGCCGCCGCCAACAUCCACGAGCUCGAGAAGAAAUUCGCUGCUUACGUUCGUAACGACGUGUACGGUACCAUGGGACGUGGAGAGCUCCCAUUGAAGGAGAAAAUCAUGCUUGGGAUCUCCCUCGUUACGUUGCUUCCCCUUCGAAUCGUUUUUGGGAUGUCCCUUGUGGUUGUAUAUUAUAUGAUUUGUAGAAUUUGUACUAUGUUCUCUGCCCCGAACCAGGAGGAGGAAGAAGAGGGUUAUGCUCACUUGGGUGGGUGGCGGCGGGCCGUGAUUGUCCGGUCGGGCCGGUUUCUCUCUAGGUCUUUGCUAUUUGUGGUAGGAUUUUAUUGGAUUACUGAAACUCAUAAAGAUUCAGCUAAUACCAAAGAGAACUCAAAAACUGAGGGUACCCAUCAAUUAGAAGAGCAAGAAAAACCUGGGGCAAUUGUAUCUAAUCAUGUUUCAUAUUUAGAUAUCUUAUAUCAUAUGUCCUCUUCUUUUCCAAGCUUUGUUGCUAAGAGAUCUGUGGCUAAAAUUCCUCUAGUUGGUCUCAUCAGUAAAUGCCUUGGUUGUGUCUACGUCCAGCGAGAAUCAAAAUCCUCAGACUUCAAAGGUGUUGCAGGUGUUGUGACUGACAGAGUUCGUGAAGCUCAUCGUAAUGGAUCUGCUCCAAUGAUGUUGCUCUUUCCAGAAGGAACUACAACCAAUGGGGAUUACCUUCUCUCGUUCAAGACCGGUGCGUUUUUGGCCGGAGCACCUGUGGUGCCUGUUAUAUUAAGGUAUCCAUACCAACGAUUUAGUCCAGCCUGGGAUUCAAUAACAGGGGUGCGUCAUGUUGUUUUUCUUCUAUGCCAAUUCGUAAAUCACAUGGAAGUGAUGCACUUACCGACCUACUACCCCUCACAGCAAGAGAAGGACGAUCCGAAACUAUAUGCCAAUAAUGUCCGAAGAUUGAUGGCAACUGAGGGUAAUUUGAUAAUGUCUGAUAUAGGACUGGCCGAGAAGCGAAUAUAUCAUGCUGCUCUCAAUGGUAAUAAUCGCCUGCCUAGUGUUUUGCAUCAGAAAGACGAUUGAUAAUUUCUUGGCCUUGCUCCCAAACAAAUAUCGAGUCUCACUGCUAUAGAUCCAGGGAGUUAAUUAUGGUCAGUAGAGGAAGCUAUAGUGUUUCGUCAUUUAAUCGCCUUUGCAGUCGAGGAGCUGAGAUUUUUAUAAGUCAAUGGGGGCUUUCAUCGGUUUGAAUCAUCUGUCAACUGUGUUAUUCUGGUCUUUGGGCGUUAUAUCCACAACAUAUAACAUUACAUGUAUGAUUUUCAGGUAGGUAUGAUGCUACGAGAUCAAUGUAUCAGAAACGUUUGUAUCAUUAUUAACAUUGUCCUGCCAAUACCAUAUUAGAGAAAUCCAUUCAUUGCUUAA